AUGAAAGUUCUUAAUAAAGAAGUAUUUGCCACAAAGGUGUCUAUUCCUGGAAUUAAAGUACCCAAACUGGAAAUUAGCUCAUCACAAAAGACAUGGAAGCCUCUGCUGUUUAAAAUGAGGGGGGUAAAGCCAAUUGGUGAGCUGGGAGACAGAGACCCUCAGAAAGACACACAUUCACUUGUACUUCUGGACCCUGAAAAAUUAAAAGCAGACUGCCUUACUGUAGCUCAAAAAGAAGCCUUGCAGUCAUUUGGGCUUGAUUUUUCUGAUGUUAAAACAUAUGAGAUAGAACUGCAUUAUGACAAUUGGUCCUCAUCAGACAUAUUUAGGGCAGUUCUCCCCAGUGAUGCUGAUAAUGUCACAUCAUUCACUCAAAUAGGUCACAUAGCUCAUCUUAACCUUAAACCUGAGACCGAACCAUACAAGUUUCUCAUAGGAGAAGUUUUACUGGAUAAAGUGUCAUCAGUUAAAACAGUGGUCAACAAGCUGGGAACAAUUGAUAACACAUACAGGAAUUUUCAGAUGGAGUUAUUGGCAGGAGAGGAGAAUUAUGUUACACAAACCAAGGAGCACAACUGUACUUUUGAGUUGGACUUUUCUAAAGUAUAUUGGAACUCAAGAUUGGCCACAGAACAUCAAAGAAUUGUUGAAGAAAUAGAAAAAAACUCAACCGUCUAUGACGUCUUUGCUGGCAUUGGUCCAUUUUCUGUGCCACUUGCUAAAAAGAAAAACUGCACUGUCUAUGCCAAUGAUCUCAACCCACAUUCAUUUGAGUAUUUAAACAAAAAUAUGAAAUUAAACAAAGUCAAUUUAAACAGAGUGAAAACUUUUAACUUGGAUGGAAGAGAUUUCAUUCAGACAAUUGUGAAGCAGGACCUAGUCAAGCAGAUAGAAGAACAGUACAAACUGGACUCAAGUAAAGCCAGCGGAACCUGUGACGUUGGCGCUGCUGAGUUGGAGCUGGAAAGCAGUGAUCAAAUCACCACUGCAGUGAAGCCGCCUUCAUAUGUUGUCAUGAAUUUGCCAGCCAUAGCUCUUGAUUUUCUCAGUGAGUUCAAUGGACUCCUGAAAGAUUUGCCGUCACAUUUAAAAUUAACUGAACUCAUUGAAAAAGUUCUGCCAGUUGUAUUUUGUUACACAUUUUCACCUAAAACUGAUAUGGAGACUGAGUUGAGAGUUCGAACUGAAUCUUCUAUUGGCCAACCCCUACCUUUGACAUUUAAAUCUAGAAUUGUGAGGAAUGUUGCACCAAACAAAGAGAUGGUUUGUGUUUGCUUCAAGUUAUGGCCAAGUCUAGUUUUGGGUGAACAACAGUUAAAAUCUGAUGAAAUUGGUGACAGUAAAAGUGAAUAUGAACCAGAAAGCAAAAAGCAGAAAAUAAUAUAAAAAUAAAGUUUUUAUCUUAUAAAAUAAAACUUAAAAUUUC